CCUGAGCCAGCGAUUGCUGGCGACUUUUGCGUUCAACUUUCCAAUUGCCCCUCCACGGUUUCUCUCCAGUCAGACGAGAACCAAUUUUGGUCGCAAGAGCAUCUUUGUUGUCUGUUUACUGCGGUCUCCUUUUGUUCUUUUGUCGUUCUGCCCGCGUCAAAACAAAGGACUGUCCCGCCGAGCUCGAUAUCCAUUAGACGAAACAACCAUUUUCAUUCAUAAAUCAUUGCGCACAUUAUUGAAUUUUCGAUUGGGAUUCAUCGCAUAGCGAUCUCUCAUAAUAUCACCCCUCACUUGAACGUCGAGUCGCGCAUCGUUUUCAUACCGGAAUAGAAAUCACCACCACCCGCGCAAACCGUCGCAAUGCCACCAAAGACAGGAAAAGGCCGUAAAGUCGUCUCAGAACCGCGAUCGCGCCCCAGCACCGGCGACGGAGAAGCAGGCCCAUCAUCAAAACCGCAACAAACCGCGUCGCCAGCAAACAAAAGGAAACCCAAGGCUUCCACUUCCGGAGAAGCAAGAGACAAGCGGCCAUCGGGAGUAACAAAAACACCAAAGGCAGCAAAGACAGCAAUAACAUCAGACGUCCAACCCGGCGACCCAACCCCCCAAGGCCGUUCACGCCGCUACAAACCCGGAACCGUCGCUCUAAAAGAAAUCCGCAAAUACCAACGCUCCUUCGACCUCCUCAUCCAAAAGCUCCCCUUCGCGCGCCUCGUCCGUGAAGUCGCCCUGGAACUGCUCCCCGCAGACGUAGGCGAACAGCUCCGGUGGCAGUCGCAUGCGAUCCAAGCACUACAAGAAGCCGCAGAGGCAUUCCUCGUCCAUUUAUUCGAAGAUACUAAUUUGUGUGCUCUGCAUGCUAAGCGCGUGACUAUUAUGCAAAAGGAUAUCCAGCUUGCACGGAGGAUUCGUGGUGCUUGGGGUGGAUUGGGAUGAUUUGUUUUCCGGCAUUCUAUUUUUUGUAUUUAUUCCCGUGAUUUCUUCUUUCCUCUGGUUGAUUGUUAUCAUAUCCGACCAUCAGCCUUUCGAGCUGUAUGGGGUUGGUACAUGGCGUCUUGUUGAGUGACGGAGUCAAUCGGUCUGCUGUCUUUUUCUCUUUAUUAUUAUUAUUAUUAUUUUUUUUUUUUCUUUUUUUUUUUUUUUUUU